AUGGUGAACGUCAAGCAAUGCCUAGUGAUAAAGCCCGAAAAACCAACACCGACCACUUACAUGUGUGUAUCUGAGCUCGACCAAGAAAAACCCAUCACUCAUGCACUCACGGUCUACUUUUAUCAUCGCCCCCUAUCCGAAUCAUUUUCAUUUGAAUCGACCUCCAAAUUACUUCAGGAUUCUCUAAGUCAAGUGUUGGUACACUUCUAUCCCCUUGCUGGACGUCUGCACACUAUCGUUGGUUCGGGUGGUCGUGUAACUCUCGACUGCAAUUCGUCUGGCGUCUUGUUUUUCGAAGCUAACUCGGACGCAACAAUUGAACAGCUCAAGAACUUUGCUCAGCCAGCUGAGUUACGUUCCCUUGUGCCAUUCGUAGAUUAUGGGGUCACGGAUUUGCAUGAACUUCCACUUUUAAUGGUGCAACUUACUGAGCUGAGUUGUGGUGGGAUUACCCUCGGCAUUGGGUUAUCGAAUAUCAUGGCGGAUGGCACUUGUGCAUCCCAUUUCAUGGCCGAAUGGGCUCGAAUUGCUCGUGGGGACCCCUUGGAAAACCAACCGUUUCUUGAUCGUAGUGUGUUGCUUGCUGCAGAUCCAACACCACCUCCAAGGUUCAAACAUGACAGGUUUGAACCCAACUCACUCCUGGUCGGCCAAUCUGACGAUCAGGAGGAGCGUACCAAGGAAACAAAAAUUGUCAUGCUACAUCUCAACCAAGACCAAGUCCAUAAACUAAAGGAAAUGGCUAACGAAGCUCGGCCUGGGUACGUUUCACGUCCUUUUAGCCGCUUUGAAGCGAUUGCCGGACACAUAUGGAAAUGUGCCAUCAAGGCACGAGGACACCAGCCUGCACAAAAAACAAAACUUUAUAUUCCUGUUAGCAUUCGAGGCCGGAUGCCCUUGCCAGAAUGGUAUUUUGGUAAUGCCAUCAUGAAACAAGCGGCAUCUAGCCAGUCUGGAGAGUUGGUGAAAAUGCCCUUAGGUUACGCUUGUGGUAAGAUAAGAGAAGCCGUGGAAGUAGUGACUGAGGACUAUGUGAAGUCGGCCCUAGACAACACAAAGCUACAGCCAGAUCUGGCCGCGCAUAGAACGUUUCAUACAGCAGGGUCGGCAACAACGGGUUCUUUUGAUGGGAACCCAAACAUGGAGCUGAUAAGCUGGUUGGGUAUACCAUUUAAGGGUCUAGAUUUUGGGUGGGGAAGGAGUAUGUACAUGGGUCCUGCAACCAUUAAUGUGGAUGGCAAAGGCAUCAUAUUUCCUGGGGAUAGUGGGGAUGGAUCUGUGUCGGUUGCACUAUGUUUUCAAAUUGCGCACGUUGCCAAUUUGGUGAAACACUUUUAUCAGAUUGAUUAGAUUUUUUUCUCUUUUCUACAAAAGGGAAGGAAAAACUUAACCAUCGUUAAGUUAAACUAUAUAUGCAUGUGUGAAUUUAAGCAAUAAAAACAGAUCGCAUAUCGUGUCUUA